AUGUGCAUGAGCGCUUGAGCGCUUGCGCAGUACUAUUUAUUGGGAGUUUCGAGGCCGCAAUGACACAUGUCAGGGACGUCACGCAUCCCAAUUCUCACUCUGAUGGCCAAGACUUUGGCAAUUCUUCUGGUAUCUGCACUUCUAGUUCCUAUCUGUCUCACCGCUGCUGCUGCAUCUCCACGUCCGCUUGUUCUCUGGCAUGGCUUGGGUGACUCUUAUGCUUCUCCCGGAAUGCUUGAAUUUGCGUCCAUGAUCAAGAACGUACAUCCGGGCAUCUUUAUACAUUCUAUAUACAUUGAAGAAGAGCUCGACAAGGACAGACAAGCUGGUUUCUACGGGAAUGUGAACACGCAGCUCGACUUGGUUGCAAAUCAAUUGGCCAACAUUUUGGAACUCAAAGAUGGCUUUGAUGGUAUUGGUUUCUCUCAAGGUGGCCAGUUUCUUCGUGCAUAUGUAGAACGAUACAACUCCCCACCUGUUCAUAACCUUUUAACGUUCGGAUCCCAACAUAUGGGUAUUUCAGAUAUACCAACAUGCCGUCCUUACGACUUUAUAUGCCAGGCCGCACGACGCGCCACUAAAAAGGCCGUUUACAGUCCGUGGGCCCAAGCCAAUCUGGUACAGGCACAAUAUUUUCGUGAUCCAGCCAACCUCGAAACCUAUCUUACUGCCAGUUCCUUCCUUCCUUCAAUCAACAAUGAAUAUCCUCAGAAUCGAAAUCAAACCUAUUCCAAGAACCUAGCUUCAUUGAAUGCACUCGUGCUUAUCAUGUUCACUCAGGACAAAACCGUAGUCCCAAAAGAGAGUGCAUGGUUUGGAAGUGAAGUGGUUGACAGCUUUUCCUCGUCUCAACGGGUUCUUCGGCCUGUAUCCUCCCGCUCUAUCAUCCCAAUGCACCUCCAGCCUCUUUAUAUAGAGGAUUGGAUUGGGUUGCGCUCUUUGGACGAAAAGGGCAGCGUGAUCUUCGAUACAUGCGAAGGAGAACAUAUGCAGAUAGGUGAUUGCUGGGAAAAUUUUGUCAGAAAUUGGAUCGGGAACUUGGUCGAAAUUCAAGUUAAUCAAUCUGUACCAGCAGUUCCAGUGUCGAACGAGUAGACUAACUAUACAAAUCUAAGUAUUUGAUAAAACCAUAUCAAUGUAGAAUACUGCAUUUCCUAGAAUUUGUCCGAGC